AUGGUGACGAUUGAGAAGCUGGCUACCUCGACCGAAGAAGUGACCGGCAUGCUGAGAAGAAUACGCAACAAGAGACUCGGACCUAAGGAGAAAGAAGCAAUCCGGCUGCUGCAGGCAUUCGCGAUUUCCCGUAUUACGUACGGGACGGCCGCCUUAAAAGAGCGAGCUGGGGAAGCGGAGAAAAUGUCGAAGAUGACCCGCGAGGUGAUUCCUUACCUUCAUGAACAUUCCAACCCGAUAUCUUUGGCCGUUCGAGUUGGAGGCACCAUGUACAUCUCGGGCCUGCUUGGGAUAAUUUCGGAGACUCUGUCCGUGGUUCCCGGUGGAAUCGUUCCCGAGACACGACUAGCCCUCACGCACCUGGGAAAAAUCUUGGAACGGGGAAGAAUGAACUAUAAAAACGUGGUGAAGUGCACGGUCUACAUGGCGGACAUAAGCGAAGUUGCAGAAAUGAACAAGGUUUACUCCGAGUUUUUCGGAGAAGAACCCCCUGCACGAGUGGCUUUCCAGGUGGCAAGACUUCUCAUGGACGCCCGUGUUGCGAUUGAAGCCAUCGCAGUGGAAUCCAGCGACUGA